AUAAUUUUGUUAAAUCAAAUAUUAAAGAUCCAAUGUUGUUGUUAGAAUUUAAUAAUGUAACAUCAGUUAUUUCCAAUCCUUUUAAAUUUUGCAACUCUGAGUAUCUAUUGAAUAAAUGGCUUACUGAAAAUAAUUUUGCAACAAAUAUCCAACAAUUUAUCAUUAAUAAUGAAAUUGGUAUAACCAGACAGUCAGGUGAUGUGGUAUAUGAUGAACAAAUAACGAAAGGUAUACUUUUACCACUGAAAUUUCAAUUCAAAAGAUACUUUGAACACAAUGAUAACCUUAUAAAAACUUUAAGCCAAAUUAAUGAGUUAAAUAAACCAAAUAAUGUCUUAUCACAUUUUAUCCAAGGAAAAUUAUGGAAACAAAAAGUAUUAAACUUUCAAAACAAGACUGUUAUACCUUUCUUUUUAUAUAUCGAUGAUGUUGAGAUAAAUAAUCCAUUAGGAUCUCAUGCCACCAUCCAAAUGAUAUCAGCUAUAUAUUAUAGUUUUCCUGUACUAGAGAACUCUUCUAAACUUUCUAACAUAUUUUUAGCUGGGUUGCUAAAAUUUAAGGAUGUGAAAGACUUUGGAAAUGAUGUGUGCUUUAACCAAUUAAUAGAUGCAAUUAUAUUUCUAGAACAAGAAGGUUUAUCAAUCUCAACAUCUAAAGGCAAUAUACAUGUUCAUUUUAUUUUGGCCAUUAUUUUGGGUGAUAACUUAGGUAUAAAUAGUUUUCUAGAAUUUUCCAAAUCAUUUUCAGCUAAUCAUUUUUGUCGUUUCUGUAAAGUACAUAAAAACGAGUCACAUAAUAUGAGCAUAGAAAACUUUGAGUUAUUAAGAAACACAAAUAAUUAUAACACAGAUAUAAUAACUGAUAAUUUUUCAUUGACAGGCGUUUAUAAGGAAUCUCUCUUAAACAAGAUACCUUCAUUUCAUGUCACUACUAACUAUUUUGUUGAUGUUAUGCAUGAUAUGUUUGAGGGUGUUUGUCAUUAUGAUUUGUGCCAUGUUAUUAAAUAUUAUAUAGAGUAUUUGAAACUUUUUUCUUUAGAAACAUUAAAUCGCCGCAAAUCUAAUUUUGAGUAUGGAACAAUUGAAGUAGGAAAUAUUAGCCCCCCUAUUAAAAAUAAACAUUUAGAUAAAUUUCAUCUUAAAAUGUCUGCUAGAGAAAUGAUGUCAUUUGUUUUUUUUUUUCCAUUAAUAAUUGGAGACCUGAUACCAGAAAAUGAUGAAAUUUGGGCAUUUCCAAAACAUCAUUUAUUAAUUCACUACCCUUCAAUUAUAAAAUAUUCUGGUCCACCCCGUCACUAUUGGUGCUUUCGUUUCGAAGCAAAACACAAAGAAUUAAAACUGUAUGCUCAUGCAACAACUUCUAGAAAACACAUAACUUUAACAUUAGCAAAAAAGUUUCAAUUAAAAUUUGCAUUCCUACUCAUUCAACAACAUAUGCCUAUAAUUGUGUUAAAAGAAAAAGAUAUUGUCUUAAGCCAACAUAGUGCCUUUGUUUGUGAUUCAUUAAAUAUAUUAGACUCUCAGUUCACCAGUUAUAGAGAAAUUGAUUAUAAAGGUACAUCAUAUAAAAGGGGUUAUUUUUUAACUGAUUUUGUUAGUGAUAAUAUGUGUUUACAUGAAAUUAUUGAAAUUAUUAUGAUUCACAAUGAAGAAAAAGUUAAACUCUUAACACAACAAAUUAAAGUUGAAUAUUUUCAUCCUCAUUAUGAGUCCUAUAUUGUGGAUUGUAGCAAAAUUAUAUCAAUGCAAAAUGUCAAUGAUAUAACUUAUUUUCAUAGUUUUCCAAUCAAUAUUUCUAAACUUGCUAAUGGGCAGACACUUAUUAGGGCAAAAGAAUAUUUAUAA